CUCCUGAUUCUAAUGCACGAAUCUCCACUUGAAUGAAACCCCUUUUCUCCUCCUCCAUUCAAAACCCAACCCAAUUCUUAAUCUUCCCGCUCAAUCUUCGCCUCCAAAUCCCCCAUUUUUUACGAUCACUCUCAUCUUCAACCUCCGCCGGAAAACCCAAAUGGAAUUCGCUCGCCAACGUCUUCAUUUCCAACCCAACUCUGCUAAUUUUACAAUCAUGCUCUUCCAUGUUCCAAUUGAAGCAAAUUCAUGCUCACAUGACUUGCACUGGCCUCAUGAACCAAAUCUUCCCGGCGAGCCGCGUCGUAGCUUUCUGCGCGCUCUCCGAUUCCGGGGACAUGCGCUACGCCCAUUUCGUUUUCGCUCGAAUCGAAAAACCCAACUGCUUUUUAUGGAACACCAUGAUUAAGGGUUACUGCAGCGCCGGAAAUCGUUCAAUGGGGUUCUCAUUUUUCCGCCAGAUGAUUCGGAACCGCGUCGAAUUGGAUUGUGGGAGCUUCGUUUUCGCGCUCAAGGCGUGCGGCCAAUUCGCGGGAGAAAUAGAGGGAAUGGCGGUGCAUUGUGUGAUUUGGAAAUUGGGGUUUGAUUCUGAAUUGCUGGUUCGAAACGGGUUGAUUCAGUACUAUGUUGAAACUGGGUACCUUUUCUUUGCACGCCAAGUGUUUGAUGAAAGUUCUGUGAAGGAUGUUGUUACCUGGACGACGAUGAUCAAUGGGUACACAACACACAAUUGUUUGGAUGAAGCCAUAACGUUAUUCGAUUCGAUGUUGUCAAGUGACGUUGAACCGAAUGAGGUCACAAUGAUUACUCUGCUUUCUGCUUGCUCACAAAAGGGAGAUUCUAUAAUGGGGAGGACUCUCCAUGAAUAUAUAAUGAGGAAGAACAUAAGGUGUAGUGUUAAUUUGCUCAACACAAUGUUGGAUAUGUAUGUGAAAUGUGGCUGUUUGGUUACUGCUAGAGAGAUUUUUGAUAGAAUGGAAUGUAGGGAUGUUUUCUCAUGGACUAGCUUGCUCAAUGGAUAUGCUAAAAAUGGAGAUUUGGAAUCUGCAAAGAAGCUGUUUGAUGAGAUGCCUGAAAGAAACAUUGUUUCUUGGAAUGCAAUGGUAGCUGGUUAUUCCCAAAACAGUCAGCCAAUGGAAGCUUUGAAGCUAUUUCAGAACAUGGUGGAUGUUUUUGGAUUGGUUCCAACAGAGGACACUUUGGUCUGUGUUCUUUCUGCUUGUGGCCAAUUGGGAUGCUUGGGAAUGGGCAAAUGGAUUCAUGACAAUUAUGUCAAUAAAAUUGGAAUUCAAGUUAGUUUGAUUCUGACUAAUGCAGUAAUAGACAUGUAUGCCAAAUGUGGGAGUAUUGAUGCAGCUGCAAAUCUCUUCCACUCCAUGCCUGAGAAAAAUCUGGUCUCCUGGAACUCCAUGAUUUCAGGAUAUGCAUCUCAUGGCCAUGCCGAGGAAGCUCUCACUCUUUUUGACCGAAUGAAACGCUCGGGACUAAAACCAGACCACAUCACCUUCGUCGGCGUCCUAUUGGCUUGCAGUUACGGCGGGUUUGUUUCCGAAGGUCAGGAGCAUUUCAAAAGCAUGGAGAGAAGCCAUGGAGUCGAACCGAAGAGGGAACACUACGCCAUCAUGGUGGAUUUGCUCAGUCGAGUCGGGCUGUUGACAGAAGCUUACGAGUUAAUAUUGAAGGUGCCGAUGGAAGCAAGUGAAGGGGCAUGGGGAGCUCUGCUCGAUGCUUGUAGGAAGCAUGGGGAUGUGGAAAUGGCUAAGUUAGCAGCUGAGAAGCUUCUGGAAUUGGAUCCUGAGGACAGUGGGAUUUAUACCCUUUUGGCAAAUAUUUGUGCUGAUGGGAAGAAAUGGAAAGAUGUGAGAAUGGUGAGAAGGAUGAUGAGAGAGAGAGGGGUGAAGAAGGUUCCUGGGCAUAGCUUGAUAGAGGUUGGAGGUAAGUUUCAUGAGUUCUUAGUUGCUGAUACUUCUCACCCUCAUUCUUCACAAGUUUAUAGAGUGGUAAAUGAGUUGCUUUUGUUGUCUAGUUUGGUAGAUCUUGAGCCUCAAGAAAAUGGAUGAUUCUUUUGCAAUUGCUUGGAAUAUUUGUUAUAUUGAGAAUCUGUGUUGAUAUUUAUUCCAUGGUUAUUGGGAUAUAUAUAUGAUGGUAAUGUGGCCAUAGAAUGUAGCAUUGGAUAGUAAUUUAGCAUUUUUGAAAGUUGUAACCUCCCUAGAUUGGCACAGUUGGUCAUUUGGGGCCAAUGGAAAGA